AUGGCAACUUCAAUGAAUCAUCUUUUCAUCACCAUCUUCCUCAUGGCCGCCUACACGGCCAUCGCGGAAACAAACAUGCUUCAAGAUCUUUGUGUUGCCGAUCUCUCUAACGACCCAGCAAAAGUAACACCAGAGGACUUCUACUUCAUAGGCUUAGCCAAUGCUGCAGCCACAACCAACAGCUCAAUGGGCUCAGCUGUUACAGGAGCCAACGUUGAGAAAAUCCCUGGCCUCAACAUGAUGGGAGUCUCAAUCUCUCGUAUCGAUUACGCACCAGGUGGGCUCAACCCGCCACAUUUCCACCCUAGAGCCUCUGAAGCAAUCUUUGUCCUUGAAGGCCGUCUAUUCGUCGGUUUCGUGACCACUUCAGGAAAACUCAUCUCCAAACACCUCAACAAAGGAGACGUUUUCGUCUUCCCUAAAGCUCUCCUCCAUUUCCAGCAGAAUCCUAACACAGCUACUGCUUCCGUCAUCGCUGCUUUCGAUAGUCAGCUUCCAGGGACUCAAGUCGUUGGACCGGCUCUGUUUGGUGCUAACCCGCCGAUUCCUGAUGACUUGCUUGCCAAGGCGUUCCAGCUUGGACCACAAGAGAUUCAGAAGAUUAAGGGUAAAUUCCAACCCAAGAAAUGA